AUGGCCGCCAGGAAGGAGCCCGCGAGCGGGACGUGGCCCACCGCCUGGCAGCCGCGCCGGUCCCACUGCAGCACCCUGCGCACCGCGUUGCGCCCGUGCCGGCCGGGGCAGUGGUCCUCCUCCUGCCCGUCGCCCUCGCCCUUCUCGCCCUCCUCGCCCUUCGCGCCCUUCUCGCCUCGCUCGCCCGCCUCCUCCUCCUCCUCCGCCUCCUCGUGCACUUGCACUUCGCCCUCGUCCUCUUCCCGGCCCCGGCCUCGGCCCCGGGCCCGGCCCUCGCCGGGGGCGGCGCGGCGCGGAGACGGCUGGCGCACCACGGGCGGCUCGGGCGCGGGCGCGGGGGGCGCGGGCGCCGCGGGCAGGCGCUGGAGGCUGCCCGUGCGCGGCGGCCGGGCGUCGUGGUGCACGGACACCGACACGGUCACGGUGCGCCAGGCCUGGCUCUGCGUGAGCGGGACCAGGCAGGGGGGCUCGUCCUCAUCCGAGUCCGAGUCCGGCUCCGGCCCCGCGCCCGCGCCUAAGUCCUCGCCGGGCGGCGCGGGCUGCGCUUCGCCGGGCACCCCGCCCCUCUCGUCCCGCUCCUCCUCGGACUCAGCCUCGGCGGCAUCGGGGGCCGGGGGGACGCGCUCCCGGGGCCCUCCAGGGUGGCGUGUGCCCCGAGGGGUGGGCUCCGCGCCGGGCUCGCCGCGCCUGCGGCCGGGGACGGAAAAGUUUGCUAAGUGGCGCGCGGCUCAGCCCCGAUGCCCUCAGCCCGAACGCCCCGAGCCCACCUGGGCACGCGGGGGCCCCCGCGGGGUGCCCGCCGCGCGGUCGGCUGCUCGGCGAAGUUUGCUCGGCUCAGCCUCCGGGGCUCCGGAACGGGGCGCCGCGGCGCGGCUGCGGGGCCCGCGGCGGGGCCGGCGAGGCUCCCCCGCGGGCGGAGAGGCAGGUGCGCGGCCGGCCGGCGGCUCCCGGGGCGGCGGCGGCGGCGGCGGGCCCGCGGGCCGGGAGGAGCUGCGGGGCGCGGGCGGAGCCGGGCGCCGCUCCGGACCCUCUGGCGUCCAGGCGUCCGCGAGCUGCGCGGCGCGGCUCUGCCCCGGGCUGCGUGCGUGCGCGCCGGAGGGAGCCCGAGUGGAUGUUCCCUCCGGGGCGCGCCACCUCCCGCCUGGUCCCCAGCCAGCUGGCGAGGCGGCCGAGGCAGCGCCUGCUGCAGACCAAGUGCGGCUCGGAGCGCACGCCCAGGGCGCCCGGGAGCGGCGAGCGGGCCCGCCGGGGCUGGCGGGGUUCACUCGGGGACGGGUGCUGCCCGAGGGGGGGCCGGGAGCCGAGCCACCCCCGAGUUGGGGCGGAGGCCGGAUGGGAAGAGGACCCGGGCUGCCGGGAUCCUUCCCCAAGUGCGCACACACAGAGUUGGAAGCACCCAGGGCCCAGGGCGAGAAACGGGGCUCCGCGGGCUGGGGGCGUAGGGGAGACCGGGGGAGAGGGACAGGCCGAAGCGGGGGCGGCCACGACCCCCUGCCUCCCCGGCCACCGGGCGCAGGCGCGGGGCACUGUUGGGGUAGCGCGGCCUUAGCCCCUCGGCCCCCUGCGUGGCCCAGCGCCCGCCGCCAGAGCCGGGUCCCCCCAGAGGACAGCACGGCCGCCACUCAGCGUGGAGACCCGGGGCCCCCCGAGUCCCCCUGCCCGGGACGCUCCCCGUCACUUGUCCGAGAAACAUCCUCACAGCCUUUGGUGUUUGGCCCGGGCGCGCCAUGCGCCCCGCACCGCCUCGCUCACGCCCCGCGCCCCGCGCCCCCGGCCGGGCGCCGACCCCGCCAGCGCCGCCGGGGCCGGGCACCCAGCGCCCAGCCUCCGGCCCUGCGGGGGUGCCCCGCACCCCAGGGGCGGGCAGGGGGCGUCGUCCGCCUCGCGGCCCGGGCUCGCGGAGCUGGGCGCGGCUGGCUGCGGGGCUGGGCGGGACCCCAGGCGGCCGGGAGGAGCUGCGGGACGGACGGGAGGAAAGAAGCUUCGAGAACAAGCGCCGCCCCGCCGGGGCGCGCGCGCCAUGGCCUCCAGGAGUUGGGCCGACCCACGAGUUUGCAGCCCGCCCGCGCGGCCCCGGCAGCGGCCUCCGCGUCGCCCCGUUUCUCACGGAAACGCGGGGUGUCUGCUUGGACAGCUGGGCUCCGCAGCGCGGCUCGGCCGCCCGCGACCCCGGCCAGGACCCGGCCGGAGGCCUCGCGCGGGGAGGACGGCGGCGCGGGGCGCCCCAGCCCCGGGGGAGCUCAACGCCCUGGCGCCUCCGGGCAGGGGGUGCAGAGCCGCCAUCGCGAGGGCUUGGCGGGCCCAGGGCCCCGUGGGAGGGAGGGGCUGGGGCGGCGGCAGGGGCUCCCCCAGUUCCAGCAGUGGGGAGAAGGGGAGCUUGGUUCAGAGCUCGUGAAAGUCCAGGUGACGCGGCAAGGACCGCGGCAGCCGGGCCCGGCCGGAGCCCUUCCCGCGAAGCCCUCCCGGCCCCUCGACGCCCCUUCCCCGCCAGAAGCCGCCAGAGGGCCCGGCCCCAGGCCCGAGGAUCCCGGCCACUCCGGAGGGAAGGGGGGCGGCCACUCAGCCGGCCCGGGACGAGCCUUGGAGCCUCCGGGCUCCCACUGA